AUGGAUCAAGAUAAUCCGAUGCAAGCAGACAAUCCAAGUGCAGCAGUAGAAGCUUUGACGACUCCAGCUCCUCCAGCUGAUACAGCAGGUCCAGCAACAGAUUCCACUGCCAGCCAGCCUGCAGCACCUGCCAGGCCUCGACGGCCCCAGAGAAGUGCCAAAAUAGAGGGCUCUGUAGACAUCUGCGAACCCGAAGCUGAAUCCAAAGCUGAAUUCACCCCAGUGGCUAAUGAAGAUGAGUGCACUCCUGAUGGCAAUGCAGCAAGUCAUCCCAAACCUUCUCGCUCCACAGCUGUCAAACCGCCAGGAGACCGCAUUGCACCCAGCAUCAAGACUGGUCCUAAAGGUCCGGGACACCAUCCAGUUAGGGCUGCCUCAGUCCCUCACCCACCUGUUAGCAGGUCUGUGCCUCCCCACCUGAACCCUCAUGCACAGAGAGCCCUCUCUGUUGCAGGUACAGCUGACACUCAGGCCCAGACUAUGGAAGACUUCAGGGUGCACAUUAUCACUUGGAAUGUUGGUUCGGCCACGCCACCUGAUGACAUCACUGCUUUGCUGGGCCUGAACGUGGGUGAUGGAAACACAGACAUGUACAUUAUUGGGCUGCAAGAAGUGAACUCUAUGAUUAACAAAAGGCUGAAAGAUGUCCUCUUCACAGACCAGUGGAGCGAGGUCUGCAUGGAGAGACUCAGCCCCUUUGGUUAUGUGCUGGUGGCCUCCCAGCGGAUGCAGGGGUUGUUGCUACUGAUCUUUGCCAAGUACUACCAUCUGCCCUUCCUCCGUGGAGUCCAGACUGAGACCACUCGCACUGGCCUGGGAGGUUACUGGGGGAAUAAAGGUGGCGUGAGUGCCCGCAUGUCAGUGUUCGGUCACACCAUCUGCUUCCUCAACUGCCACCUGCCAGCUCACAUGGAAAACUCAGACCAACGCAUGGAGGACUUUGAGAGCAUCCUGCAACAGCAGCAGUUUGAGGGCCAGGCUGCCACUGGGGUUCUUGACCAUGAUGUGGUGUUCUGGUUUGGGGAUCUCAAUUUCCGCAUUGAUGCACUGGAAAUGCAAGUGGUAAAAUCAGCCAUCGAUAACAACAAGUUUCAAAUGUUGUGGGAAAAAGAUCAGCUAAACAUGGCCAAGGACAGUGAGACAGUGUUGGAGGGGUUUCAAGAGGGGCCACUUAAGUUCCCUCCUACUUACAAGUUUGAUGUUGGGACAGAUACAUACGACACAAGUGGGAAGAAGCGUAAACCAGCGUGGACCGACCGGAUCCUCUGGCGCCUGAGAGCCACCGCACCUGCUGGCACUGCAGGGAAGCGUGGUUCCAUUUCGGGGCUGACCAGCGGGACCAAAGUGACCCAGCACUGCUAUCGAAGUCACAUGGAAUACAUUGUUAGUGACCACAAACCAGUCUCAUCCAUCUUUACCCUGCAGUUCCCAUACAGAGUGGAUAUUCCCCUGGUCACACUCACAGUGGAGGAUGAGUGGAAUAGCAUUGCUGAUGCUAUAGCAAAAUUCAAACUGACACCCAGCUUUGCUCGCAGCUCUUGGGACUGGAUCGGACUCUAUAAGGUGGGUUUCAAACACCACAAGGACUAUGUGGGAUACGUGUGGGCCAAGCAAGAGGAAGCUGAUUUUCUACGACAAGAACAUCAGGUAGCCUUUACUGAGGAGGAAUUGCCCAAAGGGUCAGGGGACUUUAUCUUGGGUUACUAUAGCAACAACAUGAGCACCAUUGUGGGUGUAACAGAGCCAUUUCAGAUCCAGCUUCCUACUUCAGGCCAUAACAGCAGUUCUUCAGACAGCUCUGACUUCAGCUCCGAAGAUGAUAGCACUGUCCACAUGAAGACAAGGUCCCGUAGUCCCAGUCCACACAAGAGCAAGCACCGCAGCCAUCGCAGCGGCAGCCACGGCCGCAAUCUCAGCCGCUCUGGCAGCCCUGCACAGGCCAAGAUGAAGCAGCCCAAAGUCACUGAUGGUUCUCCAUCCAGCACCACGGAGACAGCUGAUAGUGGGUCCACAGUAUGCCCAGCAGAGGGCAGUAGCAACCAGCCGUCUGCUCCUGGGGAGAAAAACAAAGACUCAGAGGAGUCAGGGGUGUGA